UCGCUCCGCCACGUCACCACCACCGUCGUUCGAGUAGUCUAGUGAUGAAACAUUGGUUUUGUAAUCUUUUUAUCGGUCGAGAUCGAUGAGGAGUAUCAAGGUAUUGCCGGAAUCUGUUCGUAGUUGUAUGCGAUCCGGGAUUCUUUUGUUUGACUUGACUAGGGUUGUAGAAGAGCUGGUUUUCAACAGCCUUGAUGCUGGUGCCACGAAGGUGAAUGUGGUUGUCGGCGUUGGGAGUAACUACAUUAAAGUUACAGAUAAUGGGUGUGGUAUUACUCGGGAUGGAUUGGUGUUGUUGGGAGAAAGAUACGCAACUUCCAAAUUUGAGCAGCUGGCUGGUAUGAACACUGUUCCAGAAAGCUUUGGCUUUCGUGGGGAAGCAUUAAGCUCUAUAUCUGAUGUUUCUUUGUUGGAAGUUGUUACCAAGGCACAUGGAAUGCCUAAUGGUUACCGGAAGGUUAUAAAGGGUUGUAAAUGCUUGUAUCUAGGAAUUGAUGAUGAUAGACAAGAUGUCGGCACAACCGUUGUUGUUCGCGAUCUGUUUUAUAACCAACCAGUUAAAAGGCGGCAUAUACAGUCCAGCCCCAAAAAGAUUCUACACUCUGUCAAGGAAUGCAUACUGAGAAUUGCUCUUGUCCACCUGGGAACCUGCUUCAAAGUUAUCGAUGUUGAGAGUGGUGAUGAGCUUCUUAGCUUGUAUCCUUCGCCUUCUCCUUUGCCCCUAUUGACGACUGGUUUUGGAGUUGAGGUUUCUUGGUCUUUACGUAAGUUGGAUGAAUCUGAUGGCAAAUUAAAGCUCUCUGGAUACAUUUCUGACCCUUAUGAAAUCUUUUCUGUGAAGGCUGUUCAAUGUUUUUAUAUCAAUUCAAGAUAUAUAUCCAAAGGGCCGAUACAUAAAUUGCUGAAUCAGUUGGCUGCGACACAUAGCUGUUCACAUCUGUUAAAGGCAGACAUUGGACCUCAAUGUGGAAAGCGGAUUCGGUGUCAGGCAUCUUCAACCUACAUAUUGAACUUAACUUGCCCACGAGCUCAGUAUGAUUUAAGUUUUGAACCCGCAAAGACUUGUGCUACAUUCAAGGAUUGGGAUCUUGUAGUAACUUUCAUUAAGAAAGCUGUUUCAUGCUUUUGGGGUCAAGACGUCCUGAAUAGUUAUGGACUUCCAAAAAAGAGGUGCGUGCCACGAUGCGAUCAGAACUCUACUGUCCUCUUCCCGCCCCAACUAGAGGUGUCUAGAGAAGAACCAAAGCAUAUGCCACACAAUAAAGAUUCAUGCAACCUCACUCAACAAACUGCUCUACAAUCUGAAGACUAUGGACAAGACGACUUUGACUAUCUGCUUGACAAUUCACUAAAGUUUAGUGCCAGAUUUUCAGAUGAUAAAUACUUAGAGACCAAGUGCAGUGGGGAGCUGUAUGAUGAAAACACGGACCAUCUUUCAGAUGCCACGUGGAAUGAUAACCCUCUGCAUACUGGCUGUAGCAAAAACAACAGGUUAGUUGUGAAGAAGCCAUCUUCUGUUCGUUUUAAUUUUGAUGAUGAUAGAGAGAUCAAUGAUAAUAUUAUCCGCUCUCGAAGAACUGCUCUACAGUCUGAAGACUCUGGGAAAAAAUUGGACUUUGACUAUCGGUCUGACAACUUGCUAGAAUUCAGUGCCAGAUCAUCAGAAGAUAUAUAUUUAGUUACCAAGUGUAGUGGGGAGCUGUCUGAUGAAGAUAUGGACCAUCUUUCAGAUGUUAAGCGGAAUCAAAACUCUCAUCAUACCGGCUGUAGCACAAACAACAGAUUACUUGUGAAAAAAUCAUCUGCUGUUCGCUUUCAUUUUGAUGAUGGAGAGAAGAGUGACGUUACAAAGUGCUCUCGAAGAACUUCUUUACAAUCCAAAGACUAUGGAAUGGAGUUGGACUUUGACUAUCUGCCUGACAAUUCAUUGAAAUUUAGUGACAGAACUUCAGCAGAUAUAUAUUUAGAGACCAAGUGUAAUGGGAAGCUGUUUGAUGAAAACAUGGAUCAUCUUUCAGAUGCCAAGUCAAAUCAGAAAACUCUGUAUACUGGCUGUAGAACAAAUAACAAAUUAGGUGUGAAAAAACCAUCUGCUGUUCGCUUUCAUUUUGAUGAUGAUAGAGAUAACACUGACAAUAUUAUGAAGCCAUUUCUGAGAAGUUGCUCCUCUCGCAUGGAUGUGUUGCCUGUCUUUGAAAGACCAAGAGGUGAUGAUCAGUUCAGAUUUCAUGCUGAUGCUAAGAAAUGUCUCUACGUUAAUAAUAGAGUUGAUAAUGAAGAAGCUGAUUGUUUUAUUCAGUGUUCUAAACCAUGGCCCAAAGACGAUGAAACCGUUUGGUCGCCUCCCAAGAACUCAUCCCUUUUGUUAGAAGGGUCAUUUGGUUCAGAUUUGACUGAUGUAGAUAGUUUAGUUGAGGAUUACGGUCAUUGGACCAGUCCAGUUGCAUCAGUUAAAUAUUCUAAGUCAAGCCAUCGAUCUUAUAAUUGUAAUUGGUCAACGAUUGGUGAAGAAUUGCUUGAUGAGCCUUUAUAUGAUGCGUCUACAAGACACUCCAAACAUUGCAGAGAUGAUGGAUUUGACCUUUUUACAAAUGAAGAAGGCCAAAAGGAUAUCUCCAACUUAGAUAACAUGAGAUAUGAAUAUUCCUGGGAGGAUGGCUCAUUUCUCAAGGGUCAUGUGAGUCACAAAAAGAAUAUUCGGAACUCUCAAAUGGACAGUUUUUUUCCCCCACAACGCUGUGAUGUUCUUUCCGGAACAGAGUGGGCGCAUUUUCCUGUAGCCGCAUCCCACUCUGCAUCAUUGUUAGCUUAUUCUGAUAGGGGAAAGAGCAAAUUAGCUCAUCAUAGAGUUCAGGAUAAGCAUCAGAGAAGAAGCUGCUCAGCUCCUCCAAUUUACAGAGGGAAGAGGAAGUUUCUUGCCCUAAAUAAUUGGAUGACUGUUGAAUCGGGGAGUUUUCAUCACGUGACACUCCAUGAUUCCCCAACACUGCAAGAAGCUAAUCAUCAGAAGCACAUCCAGAAGCCUUCAGAUAUUGAUCAUUUGGCACUGGAGGAAGGUUCUGCUAGUGACUUGCUGUCUAAGGCUAGACUUGAUAAGAAGAAAGUUGUUCAUAAAGCCGAUAUUUCAGAUUAUGAAGUGGCGGCCACCCAUUCCCUUGAUGUAUCCAAUACAAAUUCAGACUUUACUUUAGAGGAAAAUCAAGGUGCAUUAGACCUCGGGGGGAAAUGGCGGAAUGGCUGUCCUUUGACAUCAAGCAUACAGAAGCCUCAUGACCUUAUCAAUCAGGACAAUAUACUAGACAUAUCUUCCGGGCUAUUGCAUCUCUCUGAUGAUUCUUUGUUACCCAAGUCUAUGAGUAAGAAAUGCAUGGAGGAUUGCAGAGUUCUUCAACAAGUUGACAGGAAAUUUAUUCCCGUUGUGGGUGGUGGUAUACUCGCUAUUAUAGACCAACAUGCUGCUGAUGAGAGAAUACGCCUUGAAGAUUUGAGAGAGAAGGUGCUUUCUGGAGAAACGAAGACAAUCACUUAUCUGGAUGCAGAGCAAGAACUGGUUUUACCUGAGAUUGGGUAUCAAUUUCUGAGCAACUAUUCUGAACAGAUCCAGAAAUGGGGUUGGAUCUGUAACUUUCAUUCUCAGAGUUCGAUGUCCUUUAAAAAGAACCUGAAUUUUUUGCACAACCAGCCACCGGGUGCUACACUCAUUGCAGUGCCGUGUAUUUUGGGUGUCAAUUUAACUGAUGUGGAUCUUCUAGAGUUUCUGCAACAGCUUGCUGAUACUGAUGGAUCUUCAGUAAUACCACCAGCUGUUCUUCGGAUUCUAAAUUCUAAAGCUUGCAGGGGUGCAAUCAUGUUUGGAGAUGCUCUACUCCCUUCAGAAUGUUCUCUAAUUGUUGAAGAGCUUAAGCAAACUUCCAUGUGUUUUCAGUGUGCUCAUGGUCGGCCAACUACAGCACCCCUCGUGAAUCUAGUGGUCUUGCAUAAACAGAUUGCCAAGCUUGGAAAUUGGAGCCAUGGAUCAUCUGUACUGUGGCAUGGACUAAGCCGGCAUAGACCAACUCUUGAGCGUGUCGUUCAACGCUUAAGCUCAGAAGGAGCGGAAUGCUAGAGGUGUGAAAAUCUCUUUAGAUUAAGUAUGUCCUGUUACUCACCUGCAGGUUUAAAGAAAUGAAUUGAUAUGAUAUGUUUGUGCUGUAUAUACUUGUAUGUAACGUUGUUGACUGCAGCUCUUGAAAGAGUUGUUUUUUCUGAUCUGGAAUAGGAAGCAGUUGUAUAUAAUUACAUGUAUCUUGGAAAGUGCUAGAGUUUAGGUUUCCAAAUGAAUUGAGUUGGGAUCUGAAUCCUUCUUUUAGUAGGUUGUUGAUUCAAAUUGCACACUUAGCUCUUGUUUAGAGGUUAAUUGUCAUGUUAAGGUGAUUGUGAUUUCAUACAUUUUAGAAGCCCCUGUACACGUUAGAAAACAUGUUUAACACAAUGUUUCAUGUGGUUUUAUUAUACUCAUA